CCUUGACGAUCCGGCAUGAUACCAGAAUACGUGAAGAUGGAGGACCUGCUAGCUGGCUUCACAACUCCCAGCGUGAUGGACUGUAAGAUCGGCGUACGAACCUACCUGGAGGAGGAGCUCGCAAAGGCGAGAGAGAAGCCCAAGCUGAGGAAGGACAUGUACGAGAAGAUGAUACAGGUGGAUGCUGACGAGCCGACGGAGGAGGAGCACGCGCAGCGCGGAGUGACGAAGCCACGCUACAUGGUGUGGCGUGAAAGCAUCAGCUCCACAGCUUCCCUCGGCUUCCGCAUCGAGGGCAUCAAGAGAGCCGACGGCUCGUCUACGAGUGAUUUCAAGAAGACAAAAACAAAAGAGCAGAUAGCGCAGGUCAUGCGAUGCUUCAUCGAUGACAAUGACGAGAUCAGAAAGAAGUAUCUGCGGCGGCUGAAGGCGAUCCGUACAACCUGCGAGACGUCCCCGUUCCUCGCUGCGCACGAGCUGAUUGGCUCGUCGCUGCUGUUCGUGCACGACACGAGCGGCUACGCAAACGUGUGGAUCAUCGACUUCGGCAAGACACUGCCACUACCAGAGGGCGCUGCGGUGACGCACACUGUGCCGUGGGUCGAGGGCAACCACGAGGACGGUUACCUGAUCGGUGUACAGAGCCUUAUCAGCGUGUUCGAGAGCUGCGCGCCAAUGCCAGGUCAGGCGGCGAAGAACGGAGAGCACUGAUUGACCGGGAGCUCCUGCAGCCAGCUAAUACUUGAGCAGCGAAUGGACGGAAACUCCUGAAGUCGUGAUUGGAUGGGAGCUCCUGCACGCCCGGCCACAUCCAAAGCCAUGAUUGGAUGAAAGCUCCCGCACUCCCGGCCACUGACUUGAGCUGUGAUUGGACGGGCACUCCCGCACCCCGGCCACACACUGAGCCAUGAAUGGACGGGAGCUCCCGUGCCCCCAGCAACAGCCCUCUCUGAGGGGCGGGGUGGAUGCUGCAACGAUAGGAUUCGUAACAAUCGCGCUAUGCCUAUCGAUGAUUUUACACGUUGAUUUUAUCGGGGACAGACAACCAGAUCUCGCGAUGCAAUCCGGGUGGUAAUCACGCGCCUGCGAGGUGUGUUGGGCGAAAACGGCUUGAGAUUGCAGUUAUAAAUGGAGUACACGCAACCGUAUUGAAAUGUAAAUUGUAUUGUAGAUAUUCGUUUAGAGAUUGUGAUACGUGUCACAAGGUUAUUGCAACUUCAGGGUCAUCCAAAAUUAUUGCCAUGCACACUAUAUGCUAUGUACAGUGCGUCGAAAGCUGUCUUCUCUAUUGAGAUUUGUGAAUAGUAUUAUCAUGUUAUCCUUUACCUGCCCGUUUUUCAAUUAUUCACCUAGUUAUUAUAUGUAUUGCCAGCAAAUACUGCACCACCCGCCAUAAGCUAAUGAGUGACACCAGGUGUCACUAGCUGUCGACUCAAUCGUGUGUGUUUGUGUGUGUGUGUGUGUGUGUGUGCGCGUGCGUGCGUGCGUGCGUGCGUGCGUGCGUGCGUGUGUGUUUAAGGAAGGGGAUUGGUUUAUAUUAAGGCCGGAGACUGUACUAUGGGCUUCACCUUCCAGCACGUAGCGCGUCGCUGGGGUUGUUUGCGUGCUGAAUAUUUAUCAUUGUUAUUCGUGUUAAUAUUUUACCCCUACCACGGGGUGCGAAUAAAAGAUAUUCACUUUCUCCAAA